CCCAUAGUCUCGGCCUAAGCCAGCUUGAACUGGCCAGUUCGGAUACUGGUUCCCCGCAUGUUGCACCGAGGCCGCAUUUCCAUCGCCAACUUAUAUGAGGCAUUAAUCCAAACAUGCUGUUGUCGUUGUCGAGACUCUCACACCAGCCGGUAAGGUGCUCGUGGAACUCGCGCGCUUGACAUACAACGCGGAACAUUGCCCCGCGUGUGCACGUUCGGCCCCCGGAGGCCAUUGAGAUUACAACAACUGUAUUCAUGAGAGCUCAAGCCUUUUCGUAGGCGUUUCUCUUAGGCACCCGGCGGGGCUCAUGUCGUCGGCGUGGCUCGACGAACACCCGCCGUCAACUGCAGGCAGCAGGAUAUCAGCCAUGAUAUCGACUGCAGGAAUAGUACCGCAGCCUGCGGAGAGCUUGUGUCAGAUGGAACGCAAGGGUUCACAGCAUAUCUCAAACAAGUCCGAGCCCAAGCGCGGCAGGCUACAUGGACUGGCAGAUUAUUAUGUCAUAGGGCUCAUAUGCUGCCUGACGGUUCGGAUGUAUGCUAGGCGCGGCGAACUUGCUAAAGUCUCGACAUUCUUUCUCUUCUACACUGCGUUUGCGUGGACGGUGUACCACAAACGAGGCUGUCCCAACGCCGACCUCCUCGCGCCCUGCUUUCCGGAGCAGCCCGGGAAUCUUGACAGCACAGCAACGGACGUCUGGGCUGAGCCAAGUGCCCCGACCCCAGACUGCGCCUUCGGGCCGCUCCCAGCCUCCCACCCAUUUGCGGGCUACCCCUGCCCGCCCGCGCCGCUGUGGCACCGGCUCCUCUACCAUGCCGCGCGGCCGGGCCACCUGCACGCAAUCGCCUUCUUCAACCCCAUCAACCCCGCGGACAUACAUGACGGCAUCUCCUUCGCGGUCUUCAUCGCCGGUGGCACGCUCGCUGCGCUGCUGGGCCCGGCCAGUCCGAGCGAGCGGCGCCGCGGCCUCGCCCGCCUGGUGUGGCUGAUGGCGGUGGUGAUGCUGCCCAAGGGCUUCACAGUAAUGUAUGGGCUGCUGAACCCAGGUGCCAGCAUGGGCGAGGCGGCCAAUGUGAUGCUGCCACGACACGUGGCCAUCGUCAUGUGGCUGGCGUUCGCGUUCCCGCUCACCUGGCGGCGCCAGGCACUGCUGGCUGCCACCUACGCGGCGCACAUGCUCAUGGUAAUUCGCAUGCUUGCGGUGCGCGGCUGGCCCUACACCGCUGGCGGCGCCGCCGCCACCCCCGCCGCCUUGUCUGCCAAGUUGCUCAUAUGCGGAGCGCUGUCCGUGCUCUUCGCCGCCAUCGCCGACUGGCGGGAAGCGCGCGCGGCGGCCCGCGCGGCUGCGGCAAAGGAGGCCGAUCCAGCCGACGAGGCAGACGCGGCCGCCGAGGAGAUGGGCUUCAGCUCGGGAAAGCAGCAGAUGGCGCCAGCCUCGGCCGCGGUCACUUCUGGCGCGGCGGAGCAGCCCCUACAGAAUGACCAGCUGUUGGCGGAGGCAGUGCGGCGCCUGGGCCUGCUGCGGCGCCGCCGUGCGGCGGCCGCCGCCGCCGCCGCCGCAGCCGCGCCACCGCUCCCCUGGGUGGCGGCGCCGGCGGCUGCAGCGGCAGCGCCCGGCGCGGCGCUGCACUUCCUGCGCCUGAGCGACCCCCCGCCCUCAGCCUCCUUCGCCGUGCCGCCGCUUUUGGCGCGCAUGACGCCCACGCCGGGGCCCGGCGGCAACAUUGCGCCGGGGCCGCUGGGCGACACAGCCGCGGUGAGGGCGGUGGCGGAGCGCGGCCCCGUGUCGGCUCCGCAGCUGCAGGCGCCAUUGGAGCUGGAAACGCCGCUGCCCGACUCGGCACGCGUUCCGCACACACCAGGCCCUCAGGAGCUCACUGACCACACGGGCCCCGAGCAGCACGCCGACCCAGAUCCCGGCGCGCUCGCCGCGCCGCACGCCGCCUGGCGGUGCGACCCGCAGCUUGCGCCGGCGAAGCCGGCGCAGCCGUCGGCCGCCCCGCAGGAGGUGCUGAAGCAGGCGGUAGCGGUGCUGGCGCGGCCGCCGCGGUACCGCAGCGUGUCGCACGUGCGGCGCGUGCAUGUCAAGAUGCCGGGCGCGCACGCGGCGCAGCUGGGGUCGGGCGUGGUGACGGCGCUGAUGGACCGCCUGGCGGAGGGCGGCUACGUGCUGACCGGCAUUGCGGUGCGCGAGGGCUGCAUCGAGGCGGUGCUGGAGCUGGAGCAGGGGUGCGCGCCAGUGGCCACCGCGCCGCUGGUGCGGUCGGGGCUGCAGGCGAAGGCGCGGGUGCAGGCGAGGCCUGCGGGGGCGGGGCCGCUUGCAGCCAGUGGCAGAGACUGCUGUGGCGGAGCGGAGACGCCGACGCGGCUCCAGGCGGGGGCGCAGGAGGCGGAGCAGCGCUCGGUGGUCACGAUUGACGUGCGGCUUGGCGGCUAUCUGGGGCUCCCUGGUGGCCUGCCGUCCGCCGCAAUUGCCGGCUCCACGUCCUCUCUGGUGUCGCGGCUGGGUUAUGGUGGCCUGAGCUCUUCCACCGUUCCCAGCGGACCUGAUGCCGCCGCCGGCCCCACCGCCGCUGCAACGGCCCCAUGCUCACGCCCGGCCACCUGCCCCGGCCUGAGUGCUGGCGGUAGCGUGGUUGCGGCCGCUGACAGGUCCGUGUCUGCGCGCGGCUGCGGUAACUUCACCACGGCUCGCCGCACGCAGGCAGAUAGCUCUCUGUUGCUGCGCCUCGCCACCACGCCGCGUGCCAGUGUGCGCGGCAGCGCCACUGGAUUCGGCGCCGGCGACGCCGGCCUCAGCCUCGGCCGUGGCAGCAGCGGUGGCGCUGACAUCACACGCUUCCUGCGCAGCGGCAGCUGGCGCCGCCGCCGGCCCGCGCAGCGGCGUGCCGAGCUGCUUAUGCGCUCGCCCUUCAAUGUCGUCGCUGACGGCAACCGUGCGUAUGGCACUGAUGUUGGCAAUGGCUGUGAGCAGGCGGGUGGCCGGCUGCGGGGCUGUGGGGCCGCACAUGCUGGCCGCGGCGACAUUUGCGGUGCCGCCUGCGACGACGGCGAGCUGGUGAGGCAGGUGGCGGACAUGUUGGCGCUUUUUGCGGUGCCACAGCAGCAGCAGCAGCAGCAGCAGCAGCAGCAGCAGCUGCAGCAGCAUGAUUGGGCGCAGCCGGGAGCGAUGGCGCCGGCAGCAGUGGCGCCGGCAGCCGGGGCGCCGGCAGCGGCGGCGGCAGCGGCGGCGGCACCGGCUGAUGCAGUGCAGGCCCAGGUGGAGGGCGGGGGCAGGUACGUGCUGCGGCGCGGCCGCCUGGCGCGGAGGGGUGGUGCCGCCGCCGGCAGUAGCGGCGGCGGCAUCGGUGCGGCAGGCUCGGGCACGAGCGCGGACACACAGGAUUGGGACAUGCGUGUCCUGGCGGACGAGGGCGAUGCGGCGGCGGGAUUCGCGGUCACGUGGGUGGCUGCGCCGCCUGUCGCCGAAGGUGUGGAGCGCAACCAGGGCGAAGUCACCGCUGCGGCGCUGCCGCCCUGUUUCCUGCUGCAGCCCAAGAGCUGUAGCAGCAACGUUCGCACUGCCGGCGCCGUUGUGGAGGUUACGCUAUUGGUGCAUGGGGCGAGGGGCGGCCUCGAGGGAGCGCAGCGGGACGGCAGCGGCGUGCAGGUGUGCGCCUGGCAGCGCGGCUGCUUCCUGCAGGUCCUGGCAGUGAAGGAAGUGGAGGAAGAGGCGGAGGUGGGGGGCAAGGAGGAGGGUCAGGCUAAAGGUGCUGUCGUGACGUCCGAGCCGGCUGCCAAGCGGGUCCGCAUGUCCGCAGCCGGCGCACAACACCAGGACCCCGCCGCAGCCAGCUCGUCAGCGGGCAAGAAUCUGCAGGGCAACGCAGCUAUCCCGCGUAACAGCAGCAGCAGCAGUAGCAGGCAUCUGCGCACGCUGCGUGUCCGGUUCGAUUCCACAGACGCCGUCCCAGGCCUCGUCACGUUCGGCAUAUUCGAGCCGACCGGCACCGCUGGCACCGCUCCGCGUCUGCUGGGCACGUGCUGCUCCCUAGCGCUGCCGCCGCGCCUGACGGCGGUCGCAGUUGACCUGGCGGCGCCGCUGGCGGCCGACGCCGCCGCUGCUGUGCAGGCCGGGGACUCCGCCGCCGCCAGCUCCGUGUCCGACCUGCUCCAUGACAUGCACGAGUGGCUCAGCAACGAGACGUACCUGCUACAGCCUGCCGCGGCAACUGCUGCGGCCCAGGCGACGGAGCUUGCAGAAGCUGCGCCCCUGUGCCUGGUGGCGGCGGCAGCAGGGCCAGCCAUGGCGGUGCAGCCGCUAGGCCUGCAGCAGCUGCAGAGCCUGGACCUGGCAGCGCAGGCGCCGCUGCUGCAGCCGCAGCCACAACCGCAACCCGAGCGCGCUGACGCCGCUAUUCACUGGCGCGUCCUUGAUCCGUUACCUCGCGGCGUACCGGCUUCACCCUGCGCCGCCGUCGCCAACGCCGGCGUCACGGGCGGAAGCGGCAAACUCGUCAGCGCCGUCCUCGACAACAGCGCUGAUGGUGCCAAGCACCAGGAUGACACGUGCAGCACAGCCGGCGGCGUCAGCGGGAGCCCCCACCUCCUGGGUCUCGGCGGCGACAGCACUACCACCACCGAUACGCGCUUCAUAUCGCCUGGGGUCUCCUCGUGGGGCUGCGGCUGUCACGGCGGCUUCGGCAGCGGCGCCGGCGGCAUCUCGCCGGUGCCACGUGCUGCGAGCUGCCUGCCGGGGGCCGCCCAGGGGCCGCUGCUGCAAUCCUUCGAGGGCAAUGGGCAUGAGGGGGAGCCUCUGCGGGUGAAGCAGGUGGACAGCUUUGGCUUCAGGCGCAUCGGCACCCUCGGCGGCGGCGGCGGCGGCGGCGCCUGCUCGCCGACUGUUUGCUGCGGCGCGGGUGCGGGUGCAAGUGCUGGCGCGCUCGCAUCGGGCAGAUGCGGGGUGGCGCAGCGGCCGCCGCAGCCGGCGACGGCGACGGCAACUGGGGCGCCGGCGGCGGCGCAGCUGCGCCAGGCUGUGGGCGUGUCGCGGGUGCUGCAGCUGCACCCCUUGCCGGGGUCCCUGUGCGACAUCGUUGGCGCCGAUGCCAUGCAAGCCGAUGCCGCCGGCCCGCUCACCGGCCCGCUCACCGGCGCCGCCAUCGUACCCUCCGGACGCGGCACGGGGGACGCCGGCCACCACGCCUUCGAAGAAGCCGCCGUCACCAGCGCCGGAGACAUCAGCGGCAGCUGGUCGGCCGCGGCGCGCUUUGGGCGGCCGGCGGCGCCGCCGCCGCUGGCGCGCGCGAGGUCCAUCCUUGCGCUAGCGACCGAGGCGGGAGCCCCGGGCGUGUGCGCCGUCGCCGGCUGCUCCGUGAGCCCGGCGCCGACCCUGGCACCUCUAUCUACUGUGGCAUCCGUGGACGGGCAUAUGGGGGCACGUGCUGCCGCAACGCCGUUCCUUACGAUGGCGGCUCCUGCAGACCUGACAGAGCCUAUGGAUGUGUUUCUUGGGGUCGGCGGCCGCAUGCUGGGCGGCGGUCGGUUGGACCUGAGGGUGGAAGCCGAGGAGGCGGUGCGGCUGGCGAGGCGAGGCGGCGCAGGCAGCGCCGCCGCUGCGGCGGCGGGGACGGCGUUGAUGCCGGCGCAGCAGCGGCGGCAGAUGGAGCAACGCCGGCAGGCGCUGCUGGCACACUGCGUGCGGCGCGGCUGGGCGGCGGUGGCGGCGGUGCUGCUGCGGCUGCCGCUUGCGGCCGAUGGCUCCGCCCUACGAAGCGCCACCACUGGCUACUGCUGCUGCCCUGCCUCGUGUCAACCGGGGCUCGCCGCCACACCAUCGGCGCCGCGUAGCAACUUCGACAUCGGUGCCGCGGCUGUCACUGCUGCGCCCGACCUGCCGGAGGGCCUGCAGGCGGCCUAUCGCACCGUGGAGCCGGCGUUUGCUCCGGAGGACGACGACGGCUGCGACCUGCUGCUGGCGGCGGAGGCGAAGGCGAUUGCUCAGAUGAUGGAGAACGUCUGCGGCACGCCGCGGGCCGCAGCUGCAGCAGCUGUGCGGGCCUCGGGCGGCGGCGCGCGCGGCGCGGCCUUGCAGGAGGCGGAGCGCGCUGAGCCGCGGCCGACGCUGCUUCACCUGGCGGUGGCGAGCGGCAGUACGGAGGUGGUCGACAUGGUGGUGGGGGCGGCGGCGGCGGCGGCCGCGCGCGGUGAUGUGGGGGCUGCUGUCGCGCUGGUGGGCCGGGGCGGAUGGGGCACCGCGUGCCUGGGGCUUGGCAGGAAGCGGGAGGAGGGAGCUGCAGCGCUGCAGCGCGCUGCUGCGGGUAGUGGCGGCGGCGGCGAAAAAGUCGUGGAACAGCUGGAGGAUCCGGGUGUGGGGGCCCGGGAAGACGAUUACGAGCAGGAGGACGGAUACGAGGAGGACCAGGAGGAGCAGGGGCAGGAGGAGGAGGAGGAGGAGGAGGGGGUGGAAGAGGCGCUGACUCCGCUGCAGCUGGCGGAGCUGCUGCCGGACGGGGGUGUGAUGGCAGCACACAUCCGCGACCGCUACCCGCAGCCGUGCGGUGCCGACUGCAGCGAUGUUGGCUGUGGCGUCGAGCCCAUGAAGUGCUGCGGCGGCGGGAAGUGCUGCUGAUGCCGUGCCCCCUAGACCGGGAGUGCGCCUUACAGGUGAAUAUCAGCAUGGCGUUGGGUAGUGGUGUUGGUGCUAUGGAGACGGGGCUGAGACGGGUUAUUACGGGGGAUCUUGCUACUCUGCCGUGGGAGCUGUCAGUUGGGCUGGUGAGGAUUCCAUGCUGGCUAGCGCGCGUGAUUGCGCUUGUUGGCAUUUUGGGUGUGGUCAAAUGGUGUACCUGCGCAAUGGUAAGUAAUAAAUGGACGUGGUGGACAUGAGCGUGCAGGAACUAAUGCCAUGUAAAUGUGGUGGUGUGAUGCCGGGAGGGCCCUGGUAUUCAUGUUGAGCACAGAAUGUCUGCAAAUGUGAGGCAAGCGGAUGCAAGUCAUGACGUUUUGGCAAGCUUCUUGCCUUUGUUGUGAUCCAGAUACAUGACGCACCUGCACAGAAUGCACUGCACUUAGUGUCUAGGUCGGAAUUUUUUGAAUGGCGCAGGAAUGGCGCAGUUGUUCCAGGGGGGGGGGGCGAAGCCCCCCAGGAACACCCCUGUGCGUGCGUGCGUCGGCAAAAAGUACCCGGGAGGGGAGGGCUCAGCCCUUUUCCUGCCUUCCUAAGGCAGCCACCUCCUUGUUUGGAUGGCCAGCAGCUGGUUUGUGUGACAGGCCCUUGGGGGCCAAAUCAGUCGUAUAGUGUGGCACAUAUAAGAGGCACGUGCGGUUGGUUGGUGACAGAGCACUAAAGUGCUUAGGCGUUACAAAGUUAGCAGCUCGCAAGAAAUUAUGUGUUUUGGAAUCGGGCCCCCCACGCAUGGGCACUUACAAUUGCAAGAAUCGGAUUGUACGUCUGGACUGCAAACUUGCCGCUCUGCCGUGCCGUGCCAGUUGCGUGGGAGGCGGGAGGCGAUGGACAAGCAUCACUUGCAUUCAUGAUGACAAGGAAGAAAGUGGUUGCGAAUGCACGCGAGAAUAGGGUGUUGGGUAUGGUACCACGACACGCUUCGUGCUAUGCUGUCCCUAGUAAUAGCUGCCCGGCCAAAAGGUUUUUGGAGGGGCACCUCCGUGGGGUCACUUGCAUUUCUGACAUGCGGUGCGGAGCUGCCUCAAUGCUGGCAGUCGGUGGCAAAUUGGAGACGUGUCACAAGGUGAUGCGGACCGGUGAUUGCGACGACACAGGUGUUGCUGUGUCCCACGGGCGCGAGUGUGAGGACCGGCGAGCUGAUUGCAGGGGAGGAUGCCGUAGCGCUGUGGAUGAGAUUGCGGCUGUACAUGUUGCGGCGCUACGUGUAGCCAGCAUGCGCCACAUGGACGCAAUGGAUCAUGCAGUAGGGGGACUGGCUGGAGUUCGGGAGUUCAGGUUUAGGCCCAGGUUCAGGUGACGGCUUGGGGAAAGGUAGCUUUUGCGACCACGCAGGUCGAAUUGACCAAACAGGCGGCACACGACACAGUACGGUACUGUGCGCGUGGAUAAACGUGAAUGAUGGGGGUGUUGCCGUGGGUGUUACGCAGUGGGAUUACUAUUAAGACGAGGACUCCGAGCAGGCCCCUAAUUGCAACUCAACUAUGACGGCCUGCACAAUACGUAGUGCGGGUGUGCUAUAGGAAGUUCAGAUGGAUCUGUUGGGCGUGGGUGAAGUAUAGCAUGCGCCAAUCGGCUAGUGCGGCGCUAGAUGGCUAGUGCGCUGCAGUGGUGGCGGAACGAAAGCACUGGGGUCCAACCCGCGCCGAUCGGGGCACUGACUUUGUUGUCAUGCGUGGCGGCCAUCGACGUCAUUCAGCCCAGCCCUACCCUGCAAGUGGUGUGGUGAUAACGUUGGCAAGCGAACGGGGAUAACUCCGUGUUGCUAUUGCAUGGACGCGUGUGACGCAUCCAAGAAAACUCGCAUCGGCUCGGUCCUGUAACUACCAUUUUUC